AUGCUGAAGAAACUGAACGUUAACGCCCAAGACAACCCGCAGACAAAAUUUCGGCUGCACAUAGUCAUCAGUGCCUUGAUCUUGAGAACUUUCAUUCUGGGAAUCGUCCGUGUGGCCGACAACGGUACUCCUCAAGGCAGGUUGAACGUGUGGGGGAUAGUGGUGCAGAUCGUCACCGCCCACGUCGCGCGACUCAAGCGAUGGGGAAACACCAUGGUCAAUGUGGCGUUGAAUAUUAUAGACACAAUCUUCUGGUUCGCGCUGUUCAUUAUCACCAUCAUGGGGGCUAUGGGCUCGCAUAGUGUCAGUAGCAAGGCACUUGCCGCUAUUGGGAUAACAAGAAGCCCUGGAGGGUGCGAGCCUUAA